AUGACGAGAUUGCUACGGAACUCCACACAAUCACUAUUGAAAUUAUUGAAUUCAUUUAUUGGAAUGGUUGAUAUCGCAAUGAUUCUCAAUUCGUUUAUCUACACUCUCCUUGGCCUUGGUGUUACCCUGUGUUUGAUCACAUAUUCGGGGCACGUUGCUGGCUGUUGCCUAUAUCUUUACAUGACAUUAUUGUUUUUCCUUCUUAUGCUGGAGGCUGGAGUGACCACUGAUGUGUUUUUCAAUCAUGACUGGGAGGAGGACUUUCCAGUGGAACCAACUGAAAGUUUUAACAAGUUCGAAGAUUUUGUCCGGUCGAACUUCAAAUUUUGCAAGUGGAUAGGCUUGUCUGUUGUGUUCAUAGGGGGAUUAUGUGUGGUAUUGGCAGUGCUACUUAAAGCUGUUGGACCAUAUCAAAAUUAUGAAAGUGACGAUGAUAUUGAUGCUGAGAGCAGGCCAUUACUAAAAAAUGAUGUUCAUCCAACUUAUGUUGUUGGCAGGUCUGUUUCUGGAUCCAAAAGUAUUGCUUGA